ACACACACCACUUGGCUUCAGCUCUGUCCCUUCCAUCCACACUGUGUUCUCUCUCUGUGUGACGCUAGUGAGGAAACACUGUGGUUAUUUCAGCCAGUCAUUUAGAGGCAGCAGCCUGUCUCUCUCUUUCAAUCACUCCCUCGCUCACUCUCACACUCACCAGCAUGAAUUCCUUCUCGGCUCCGCACUCCCCCUCUCAUUGUACGCCUGUCCUUUCCUUCCAGAAGAGAGGGAUCAUGCUUCGUCCUUUUCCCUCCUCCUUCUCCUCCUCCUCUUCUUCACUUCCUCACUAUCAUUCGGGGGUCUCUGUAUCAAACGGAGCACUUUCACCACGUUUUCCUUCUGAGAAGAGCAUUGGAAGCUGUCCCUCUCUUCUCAGCAUGGUGGACUUUUAGAAGCGGGAUUUCCUGGGCUAGGACGCUUGCACAUCAGCUCUCUACACUACCAAAGGUCCUGGUGGGAUGCAAGCCUUAGUGGGACUCCUGCUUUCCUCACAGGACAGCUCACUUCUCCUUGAAGUUUAAGGACAAUCCAGGAAUCUCUUCAUUUUUUUUGCCUGUGUGUGAGAGAGCGAGAGUGUGUGUGUGUUGGUCUGUUAAGAUUUGGUUAUGAGUGUGUAAGAUAGUCUGUGUGUGAGCGAGUCUGUGUGUGAGCGAGUCUGUGUGUGAGCGAGUCUGUGUGUGGCUGUGUGUGUUGCUCUGUAUGCAGUGCAGUCCGCUCCUGCUCCUGGUUCUUGACUGGAGGGUUUAGCCGACGCUGGAGGGUGAAGGAGACCCCUCCACUGCAGUGGACCCGCUGUCCCCUACUCCCGGAGAACCUCCCCAGUGGCACAGACUAGUAUGAGAAGCGGAGGGAAGAGAAAGAGAAGGGCUGAGAGCCAGGUAUAACAAACAGAGAGAAAGAGGUAGAAUGAGAGGGGACUUUUCGACAAAACAGUGAAGUGCACGACCACUAAAGGAGACAAAAACCACUUCAGGAGAAACAAAGACACUACAGACACAUACAACCCAGUGAAGACUGGAGCAAGGCUGGCAAGCAGCCCCAGCAGCCCACCACCACCACCGACAGUACAGCCACCACCAUGCAGGUGUCGUUUGCAUGUUCGGACCAGGAUGGAGGAAGAGGAGGGCUGAGGCCCCCGGGGAAUGGAGGGCACAGCAAGCAAAAUGCCACCAGUGCCAACACGGCCAGCCAGGCGAGGGCACGUUUCCGUACGGUGGCCCUCAUCGCCCGCAGCCUGGGCUCCUUUACCAACCGCUACCACCACAACCUCAAGGAGUCCACCGCCAAGCUCACUGGCAUGAAGUACCGGAACCUGGGGAAAUCAGGCCUGCGUGUUUCCUGUUUGGGCCUCGGUACUUGGGUAACGUUUGGAGGUCAGAUUUCAGAUGAGGUGGCUGAGCAGCUGAUGACCAUCGCCUACGAGAACGGGGUCAAUCUCUUCGACACAGCCGAAGUUUACGCUGGGGGGAAAGCUGAGAUAAUCCUGGGGAACAUCAUCAAGAAAAAGUGCUGGAGGAGGUCGAGUCUGGUGAUCACCACCAAGCUCUACUGGGGAGGAAAAGCGGAGACAGAGAGAGGACUCAACAGAAAGCACAUAAUUGAAGGUCUGAGGAGCUCUCUACAGAGGAUGCAGCUGGAGUAUGUGGAUGUGGUGUUUGCCAACCGGCCCGACAGCAACACCCCCAUGGAGGAGAUUGUGAGGGCGAUGACCCAUGUGAUCAACCAGGGUAUGUCCAUGUACUGGGGGACAUCACGAUGGUCUGCCAUGGAGAUCAUGGAGGCGUACUCUGUGGCUAGGCAGUUUAACCUGAUCCCUCCAGUGUGUGAGCAGGCCGAGUAUAAUUUCUUCCAGAGGGACAAGGUUGAGACACAGCUGCCUGAGCUCUAUCACAAGAUAGGUGUGGGUGUGGUAUCCUGGUCGCCUCUAGCUUGUGGAAUCAUCACUGGGAAGUAUGAGAAUGGUAUCCCAGAAUGCUCCAGGGCCUCCAUGAAGCCGUAUGCCUGGUUGAAGGAGAAGAUAGUGAGUGAGGAUGGGAGGAAACAACAGGCCAAGCUGAAGGAGCUGACUACCAUCUCUGAGAAGCUGGGUUGCACUCUGCCACAACUAGCCAUCGCCUGGUGCCUGAGGAAUGAAGGAGUGAGCUCAGUGUUGCUGGGAACAUCCAGCCCCAUCCAGCUUGCAGAGAACCUGAGGGCCAUGGAGGUCAUUCCAAAGAUGACAGCAGGCAUUGUCACAGAGAUUGACCAAGUCUUGGGAAACCGACCGCACAGUAAGAAGGACUUUCAUCAAGCACAUUAGGAUAGACCAUUUUACAGAACUGUGAUUGAUAGGCCUAAUCUGGACAAGAUCUCAUCAGUGGCACCUCCAGUGUGUGCCCAACCCUGCUCUUGUGUAUGUGUGUGUGUUCUGCACAGCUCCUCCGCCUGCCUCGUCCGUAUGAAGAUCAGCCUGUACUCAAUGUCGUUAACUGAGAGCUCUACUUGACAAAGCAUGCAUGCCACAGCUCUGCUACAGUGCAGACAGUUUAAACUUGCCUAAACAAUCAUUGUUAUCAAGAUGUGCUCAUAAAAGAAAAUCACACCAUUUCUUGAAUGGGGUCCAUCUGUUUGUAAAAGUAGUCUUUCUCUUGAUUUGAGAGCAACUUCCUCUGUCUCUGUAACAUCAGAGGAUAGUGUAUAGUGCAUCUCAAACAAUAAUUCAUCCUCAGAGCCACCUAUGAGCUUUAAAAGCAUGUCUGUAAUACAUUUUUAGACAUGCAUGGAUCAGGGGAGGUUAAACAUAAUUCCAAGCCACUAAAUAUCCCUUUGAGUAUGGUCAAGUAUGGUAAUUCAUCUCUGGAUGGUGUAUCAUAUCACCCAGACACUGCAAAGAUCUGGCCACCCUUCCUAAAUGUGCUGUGGCUGAGAAUGGAAACUGCUCAGGGAUAUCACUAUGAGGCUAAAGACGUACAUGGAUCAACAACAUCCCAUUCACUCCAUAUUACUGGCAUGUAUGACAAAGUAAAAAGAAGGAAGCCUGUGCUAAAAAAAUCCAUUCUAAAUCAUCCAUCCAGUUUGCAACAAGGCCAUUAAGUAAUACUGCAAUACAUCAUGGCAAAGAAAUACACUUUUUGGACUAAAUAAGGAAACAGGAAACGUUUGGGGCAAAUCCAACGCAACACAUCACAGAGUGAAAACCUCUGGAUUUCCAAGUAUUGUAGUGGCAGUAUCAUGUUAUGGGUAUGCAUGUCACCGGCAAUAUCUGAGGAGUUUGUCCAGAUCAAAAUAAAUAUAAAUGGAGCAAAGAAAAUCUAACAUUUUACAGGAAAACAUGCCUCAUUCCUCUGAAGACCUAACACUAGGAUAUAAUUGUAUUUUUCAGAGGGAAAUUUAUAUGACUUUUAAGGCCAAAAACACUCCACAAUGGCUUUCGAAUAGAUGUGUUCCUUAGUGGUCCAGUCUCAGUCCUGACUUGGCCUAAAUCUGCUUUAAAAUCAGAGACAAGAUUUGAAUCUUCCUAUACAUCAAUAAUUCCCAACCAAACUGACUGAGCUUGAGCAAUUUUGACAAACACAAUGUGUUUGAAACCCCUAAAACUUGUACAAAGUUGGGGGAAUCUUAUUCAAAAUGAGUCAUAGCAGUAACUGCUGCCAAAAGUGCAUCCACCAAGAGCUAUGCAAUCAAGAUAUCUUUGCUUCUUAUUUUUGAAUCCGUUUAGACAUUUUCUAUGCAUCUCCUUUCACUUUGAAAAUGUGUGUUGAUUGCCUAGAUCAGCAGGAAAACAAAAAUCCUAUUUAAUCCCAUUUCAGAUUUAAAUUCAAGGCAGCAAAAUCUGAAGACUGUACAAGCAGUGCGUAGGUUUUCACUAGGCACUGUACAUGACUUAAGUGACAACGCAUGCCAAUAUAUCCUCCAAACACCGGCUUCGAGGACAUUAUCACUAUCACUAUUAUCACAUAUUCCAGUAAUGAUUGACAUAUUUUCAUAAAAAUAUAUAUUUGAAUAAUUUAUUAAUACUAUUUCAUCCUUCCACAAGAUAUAGUCCCGACACAAAUUUAGAGUUGCUACCCAAGCCGGCUGGUCGUUCGUUCUAUUGGUUCGGUUGCCAGAGACGCGACCCAGUCGUUCAGUCUUUUUGUUCUGUAUCUAUGGACGUGACCCAGUCGUUCGUUGUAAAUGUUCCAUUGCCAUACUGGCUGGCACCGUUCUUAUCCCUUGCUUGCUAGGUAGCCAACUACGGCUAACUUACAGUCACAUCAAAAGUGCAGACAGAAUAACAGCAAAGUAGCUGCAUUUGCAUUUGUUUAAGCUGUUUACAUUUAAUGACAUUAAGUGACAUUUAAUUGGAAACAUCCAUAACAAGGAGCAAAUGAGGCACGAUUUUGCCUGGCAUUGAAAUUGUGCUCGCUCGUCAGGAAAAUGUUGUUCAGAGGAGCUAACCAACAACACAGCUAACACAAUGAAGCUGGAAAGACUGCAAACUAGCUGCACUUCGUUUCGUUUGACCGUUUUUCAAUUGACAUUUCUUUGUACAUAUACAUAAAUAUUAUUCCAGCUGAUUCAUGAUUUCGACUGGCUGACAUGCUGACCACACCACCCGCGUAGCGUGUGCGAGCUUUGCAAAAUAAAUCUACACAUACAUGUUAUUCAAUCAUUGCAUCCACACUGCUCGCACGCAUCAACGAGCGUCUACGUAGCCAGGUGCUAAAAUAGAACUUGGCUCUUUUUGUGAUACUUGACGUGCUGUAAGUCCCGCCUUUCCCAUUUCCUCAUUGGUUUUUAGGAGCAUAUACACACGUGAGUGACUGAAAGAUGAACUGAGGUCCACAAUCCAGUCCAGUUGGUGCUGGUAAUGCACCUUAAAGUUGGUGGUCAACCGCCAAAAUCCAAAGAAGAAGACUGAAGGAGGAGAGAUUACUAGAAACUAACUCAGUUUACCCUUUGAUCUGUGGAUUAAUUGUUGGAGUAGAGGACCUUGUGCAUUUCAGGUAUAACAACAACCCAAUGUUUAUAUCCCAGGACAAAUUAGCUAGCAACAGCAAGCUAACUAGCUAAAUUACCAUAAAUGUUUAAUGCUUUAGGACCUGUCCCCAAAUGAAUAUAUUUGGUUCUGAGUUCAACAUGCGUGUGAUGGCACACACAGAUGCAUGUGCGCGAGCAGUGUGGUCAGCAUGUAAGAAUGUCUGUCUCGUCCCAGCUCCCGACACAUUCAUUACUAUGGGACAGCUGGAGAUCGAAUUUGAAUAUUGAAACAAUGUUGCAAAUAUUGGAGAGAUAAACUGCAAGGUUUAUAUAAAUCUCCGCUGUUGAAAACUAAAUGUUAGUCUAAAAGAAAUGUGAGAAAAUGUCUAGAUGCUUUUUAUAGUGAAGAUCAAGUUUAUAAAGUGCCUGGCUGGGCUGAUGAGACAGCGGAUUGCGUAGUCAGAUGGAACAGAGUAAAUAAUUGAUUUAGCUGGUGGUAACUUGUGGAAUAGACACUGGCUGGAAUGCAGUUUUAACCAAUCGGGAUUAGACCCACCCAUUGUAUAAAUGUCAACAUUCUACGGCAGCCAUGUUAGCACCUCAUUAACAUUGCAUGGGGAAUAUUUAAAUUAACUGAAGGUCUAGAAUUAGAACAAUAUUCAAAAAAGUGUCCUAACUCUAUAUACAGUGGCAAGAAAAAGUAUGUGAAUCCUAUGGAAUGACCUGGAUUCCUGCAUAAAUUGGUCAUAAAAUGCUAUCUGAUCUUCAUCUAGGUCACAACAAUAGACAAACGCCGUCUACUUAAACUAAUAACACACAAACAAUUAUACGUUUUCAUGUCUUUAUUGAACACACCGUGUAAACAUUCACAGUGCAGGGUGGAAAAGUAUGUGAACCCUUGGAUUUAAUAACUGGUUGACCCUCCUUUGGCAGCAAUAAUCUCAACCAAACAUGUUCUGUAGUUGCGGAUCAGACCUGCACAACGGUCAGGAGGAAUUUUGGACUAUUCCUCUUUACAAAACUGUUUCAGUGUCUGGUGUGAACUGCUCUCGAGGUCAUGCCACAGCAUCUCAAUGGGAUUGAGGUCAGGACUCUGACUGGGCCACUCCAGAAGGCAUAUUUUCUUCUGUUGAAGCCAUUCUGUUGUUGAUUUACUUCUGUGUUUUGGGUCAUUGUCCUGUCGCAUCACCCAACUUUUGUUGAGCUUCAAUUGCGGACAGAUAGCCUAACAUUCUCCUGCAAAAUGUCUUGAUAAACUUGGGAAUUCAUUUUUCUGUCGAUGAUAGCAAGCUGUCCAGGCUCUGAGGCAGGAAAGCAGCCCCAAACCAUGAUGAUCCCUCCACCAUACUUUACAGUGGGAAUGAGGAUUUGGUGUUGGUGUUGGUGUGCUGUGCCUUUUUUUCUCCACACAUAGUGUUGUGUGUUCCUUCCAAACAACUCAACUGUAGUUUAAUCUGUUCACAGAAUAUUUUGCCAGUAGCACUGUGGAACAGCCAGGUGCACCUUUGUAAACUUCAGACGUGCAGCAAUGUUUUUUUGGACAGCAGUGGCUUCUUCCGUGGUAUCCUCCCAUGAACACCAUUCUUGUUUAGUGUUUUAUGUAUCGUAAACUCGUCAACAGAGAUGUUAGCAUGUUCCAUAGAUUUCUGUAAGUCUUUAGCUGAAAAUCUAGGAUUCUUCUUAACCUCAUUGAGCAUUCUGUGCUUUCUUCUUGCAGUCAUCUUUGCAGGACGGCCACUCCUAAGGAGUAGCAACAGUACUUGACUUUCUCCAUUAAUAGACCAUUUGUCUUACCAUGGACUGAUGAACAUCAAGGCUUUAAGAGUUACUUUUGUAACCCUUUCCAGGUUAAUCUUAGGUCUUCUGAGAUCUCUUUAGUUCGAGGCAUGGUUCACAUCAGGCAAUGCUUCUUGUGAAUAGCAAACCCACAUUUUGCGAGUGUUUUUUAUUGGGUAAGGCAGCUCUAAACCACAUCCCCAAUCUUGUCUCAUUAAUUAUACUCCAGGUAUAAUAUUAGCUGACUCCUGACUCCAAUUAGCUUUUGGAGAAGUCAUUAGCCUAGGGGUUCACAUAUUUUUCCAACCUACACUUUGAAUGUUUAAAUGAUGUAUUCAAUAUAGACAAGAAAAUUACAAUAAUUUGUGUGUUAAUAGUUUAAGCACACUGUUUGUGACCAAUUUGAUGACCAAUUGAUGCAGAAAUCCAGGUAGUUCCAAAGGGUUCACAUACUUUUUCUUGCCACUGUACAUGGCUCUGGGUACACACAGCUGUCCUGCAUUCUGUAGAAGCCAAAGUGAACCCUCUCUCUAUCCAUCCUGCUGACUUCUGUAGACUACAGUAGCACAUUUUGAGGAAAAACUAUUGGACUGUGUUCCUGUUUUCAAAGUGAUUGACAGUGGCAUACACUCAUUAUCUCUACUGUCCAUGAUGGUCAGUCAUGGCUGAGCCCUUCCUACCCUACGACCUGAGUGCUUUCCCAGCCCUGCAUUGUUGAUGUGAUAAUGAACUCUCUGGUACAUGAUGACAUCUUGAGGUGUUUUUUGCAUCAUGAUGCUAAAAUACCAACAGAGGUGUGUGUGUUGGGUUGAAUAUUUCAAAUUCAAAACAUUUGUAAUGACUGAUAACUCAUUCACUUUUUUCAAUGAUGGACAGCAGAACACACUAUUGGAAUACUAUUUUCAUAGCAUCUUCCCAUUUCUCUCGAUUGUCUCUUCUGCUGAUAGAUA